UUAGACAACAGUUUAAUAAGGGAAGAACUAAAUUAUGAUAUUGAAGAACUUACUCGAACAGUUAAUGAUGGACUUCCUCAGUUAAAUGCAGAUCAGCGAGCUAUUUUUGAUGACGUUGUAAAAGCGGUUGAAACUCAUACUUUAACUAUUAUUUUUGUUGAUGGUCCAGAUGGAUAG